CCUAAUUCAUCUGGUUUUAGAAAAUCCAGAUCAUGUUUGGAUUGUUUAGUUGCGUUAAUUACACAUAUACAAAUAGGUUUUUCGGAAAAUGUGCCGACUGUGGCUUGUUUUUUAGAUAUUGAGAACGCUUACAAUAACAUACUAUUAGAAAAAUUGGUUAAAAUUUUAGAAGAAAUUAAUGUGGGAAACAAAAUUUGUACAUAUAUUUGGGAAUUCUUACACGAAAGACAUUUACAGAUUAAACAGGAUAAUAAAAAUGAUAAUACUAUAAUAAUGCGAUGGGCUAGUAGAGGUAUAGCUCAGGGAGAUCCUAUAUCCCCUUUGUUGUUUAACAUUGCUACAUACAAAAUUUGUAAGCUAAUUAACAAUGUUUAUAUAACACAAUAUGCUGAUGAUUUUGUUAUUUUUAAAAGAUGUAAUUUGUUAACCGACAGCAGUAAUUCCCUACAAAUUGCUCUAAAUACUAUGGAGGCACUUUUAGAUGAAUUAGGUUUAAGAUUGGCCCCUACAAAAUGUAAAAUAUGUAUCUUUAGUAGAGGACGACGACGUCAGCAAAUAUAUUUAGAGGUAGACGGUCAUUCACUAGAUCUUGUCCAUGUUGUUAAAUACUUAGGAAUAUGGUUAGACGAUACUUUAAGAUGGGGUAAACACCUCAACGAAAUUUGUGAAAAAACUACAAAAUUUAUAAAUUUACUGAAAGUUUUAGCAGGAUCGGGUUGGGGUGUUCACCCUAUACAUUUACGCAGAUUGUAUAUUUCCUUAAUAAGAAGCCGAAUUGACUACGGAUCUUACCUUUAUGACAAUUGUGCUCAGACUCAUUUAGGAAAAAUAGAAAGAGUGCAAAAUCAGGCCAUGCGGGUAGUAGGGGGUUUUAUUAGAAGUAGUCCAAUACAUGUGAUGGAAUGUGAAUUGUGUAUACCUCCUCUACACUUAAGAAGACGAUUCUUAGGGUAUAAGUACUGUUUGAAAACUAGGUCAUGGUCUAAAAAUGGAAAUAAUGAUGUAAUAGAGAAACUUCAAAAUCUAUGCCUUAAUAGGUAUUGGAUGAACAAAAAGAAGCCCUUAUUGCCUUUAUUGUAUGAAGAAAUUAAAAGUGAACACAUCCAUUCAUCUUAUCCACUAGAAAUGUUUUCGUUCAAUACUUGGCUUUCAAAUAUUGAAACUGAGAAUGUCAUUCUAGAUAAAUUAGAGUCAGUCAAGAAAGCAAAAGAUCAAUACAACCUUCAUAUUUUAAAAAACCAAACAUUGCUGGAUUUAAAUACCAAAUACACAGGAUGGCAUAAGUUAUAUACUGACGGUUCGCGUAGUGAUAAAGGAAUGGGGGCGGCUUUUUGGGAUCCUGUUUUGAAUAAAAAGGUCCUAUGUAAAAUGAAUAAGUCUGUUAGUAUUAUGACGGCUGAAUUGUUAGCAAUUUUAGAGGCAGUAUUGUAUGCUGAUACAUUAGAAUAUAAUAAGAUUGUAGUUUUAAGUGAUAGCAAAAGUGCCUUGCAACAUAUUAUGCGGUGUGCUUCUGGAUACAGAGGAGUCCCGCUGGCUUAUGCUGUAUUGAGAGUGAUCAAUAAGUUGCACAACACUACUGAUAAAAGAAUUUGUUUGCAGUGGAUACCAGCACAUAUUGGACUCAGGGGUAACGAGGAGGCUGAUAGAUUGGCUAAACUUGCAGUAGAAGAAGGAAUAGAAAUAUAUGUGUUACCCAGUUAUACAGAAGUAGUUCCAAAAUUCAAAAUUUACUGUUACAACUUGUGGAAAGAAUAUUUUGAUAAAAGAUCGUUAGAUAAAGGCAUUUGGUACAGAAUUGUUCAGUCACAGCCUCCUCGUGUGCCUUGGUUCAGUUUAUGCAAGAUAAGUCGCGCUGAAAUAAUUACAGCUCAUCGUUUGCGGUCUGGACACGCUCCGUUAAAUAAGUUUGGAUAUCUAAUGAAAAAAGUCGAAUCACCCAAUUGUGAGGUAUGUGGUAAAAUAGAAGAUGUCCAACAUUUGUUGACGGAGUGUGUUCGGAACGCUUCCGAAAGAAGGGUGCUACUUAGUAGCUUAGGAUUAGAUUGUAGUGAUGUUAAUGUGGGUGUAUUUUUUAGUAUUAUAGCUGAACCCACUUCGAUUAAUGCUCAGUUAGUUUAUAAAUUUGUAAAAAAGUGUCUAGAAUUAAGAAGAAAUUAGAUUAUGUUUGUUAAGUUUUUGAAUGUUUACUAAGGUUAAGUUAUGAUGGGAUUGACAUGGUCGCAUAUGUGUACCAAAAUCCCUAAAAAUUAAUAAAGAUUAUAAAAAAAAAAAA